AUGCAUUCAUUGAACAAGCAAUUGAAGGAAAUUCGAAUUUCCACUGCCGAAUCGCCGAGCCAAGACAGAGUUUUGAAGAGUUGCGAAGUCGAUGUGAUCACCAACUUCUGGUCGAUUCAAAUCGAGAAAAACACAAUCGUAUACAGAUAUGAUGUUGGAAUCGAGGUAUACGGAGUCAACAUCCGGUACGAAGGUUCGCAGAAACGCGAAAAACCAUUCACGGCGUCUUUAAUUGGACGCAAAACAGACGACUGUCUGGCUACAGAAAGACACAAAAUUUGUCAGGCAGUCUUAUGGAAGGCCCUCGACACACAUCGAGUCAUCAAAGAUGGCACUGCCCGAGUUUACGACUGCGCCAGCUCGCUCUACACGUCAAACAGAAUCGACGCAUUCGAUUCCGUGAAAACCAUGCAGAUGUCAGUGGCCGUCGGCGACCUUCCAAAAUCCAUCCAAAAUCUGAUUCGCCACUCAAAUCCGAGCGAGUUCAUGGUUACGAUCGUGCCGAACGCGAGCAUCCCUUAUUUUGAUAUUUCGGAUUUUUCCAAUGAAAUUCCGAAAAAUGUGGCAGAAACGAGCAAGAUUGUGACCAACUUUCUGAAUCUUCUUACCAGCCAAUCGGCUCGCGACCGCGGACUAACGGUGUUCGGAAAUGGCUGCGUAUUCGACAUGUCAAGACCAGCGCGUGACAAACGGAAUGGGCAGGAAGAACGCGAUGGCGCGAAUAAAAGCAUCAAGUUCAUCGAAGGAUGUCCGAAUGCAAGGGUCCGGAAUGAUGGCGACACGACGCCGGCGCUCAUUCUCGAUGCAAAAACUGGAACAUUUUUCAAGACGCAGACAUUUGCUGAAUGCAUUCAAGCUUUUUUUGGCCGAAAUAUUCAUUUGGAUUGGAAUUCGAUUAAAAAUGAAAACGAAAGAGCAACUACCAGCAAUUUGUUCUCGAAAAUGCAUCAUUACGUGAAAGGUCUGAAAUUCGAACCAACUUACGACAAAAAGUCGUACACCUGCGUCGGGCUAACCAGAUUCCCAAUGUCCGAGGGAAAUCAAAUAACCCUUAUUGACUAUUUGGUCCGUGUUCUCAACGUAAGUGGUCCGUUCAAUGAAAAUCUGCCGGCGGGACGUGCAUUAAUUGACGGUGACAAGAAACGCGAGGUGAUGUUCUUCGCACUCGAGACAAUUAGAUUGCUUCCAUAUCAACGCGUUCCCAACGAGAAGCAGCUUGAGAAACCGAAACCGAUUCCACCCGGAAUUCGUUACAGCCAAAUUCAAAAAUUGCUGCACGAUCUCAAUUUAGACGCUGGCGGUGCUAAUAAUAAAUAUUUGAAAAUGUUUGGUGUCACAAUUUCGGCAAAUCCCAAGAUAGUGACGGCCAUCCAACGAGAAGCUCCCAUCAUACGUCGCAAUGAACAAAAGUUUGUUCGUGGGGCUUCUUGUUCCACUAUCGUUGUGGCUCAUGAUAAUCAGAAAAGUGUUGCCAACGACUGCUUGAAUUCGCUCAGCGAUGGCUGCAAACGGACAGGCAUUUCGGUAGACAAGUGGAUCAUCGAGGAUAUAAGUGCUUACAAGUUGGGCACCGAUUAUUACGAGACCCUCACGCGCGUAUCUGAUCACCAAGUGCAGCAAAAAUAUAAAAUUGGCUUGAUCAUAUUCAUCGAUGAUUUGGACAAUAAUUCGCACGACGGGCUGAAACUCGUCGAGAGGAAGUUUGUCAUUCCAUUCCAGCAGCUCACAACGGAGAUUGUGCUCGAGUUAACACAGAAACGUCUUACACUUCAAAACGUAAUCCGGAAAAUUAACAUGAAAUUGGGAGGACUGAACUACGAGAUCAUUCCAGAAAUUAGCGGGCGCGAUAAAUGGAUCUCAAAUGAGAAUAUGCUGAUCGUUUCCUACGAUGUUGCUCAUCCCGGACAAGUGAAUACGAAUGAAUGCGUGAUGGUUCCCAGCGUCGUAGGCUUCUCAUUCAAUGGAGCUUCUCAUAAGGAAGCGUUUGUUGGCGAUUUUCACUAUCAGUAUCCGAAGAAGGAGCAAGUCGAAUCGGGUAUUCUCAAGAGAAGAAUGAAGUGGAUUAUCGAGAAGUUUGUGGCCAACCGCAAAAGAUAUCCUCAGAUGAUUUUGAUAAUCCGCGACGGGGUGUCGGAAGGGCAGUAUCAAAUGGUAUUAGAUGACGAACUCAACGCGAUGAGAACCGCCUGUCAAGAGGUCGUCAAUCAGAAGAACCUCAAGAACUGGUCGCCCAAGUUCGCAGUCGUGAUUGCCACAAAACGAAAUCCAGCAAGAUUUUUCAAUCGGCUCGAUAGCAAGAUCUCAAAUGUCAAGCCGCUGACAGUAAUUGAUCGGGAUAUUACGAGAGCCAAUAUCAACGAAGCGUACAUCGUGUCGGCCAACGCGUUUCAAGGCACGGCAAACGCUGUCUGUUAUCAGUUGCUUCGAAAUGAGAUCGGCUUUAAGAAUAUGGACGAGGUAGAGGCACUUAUGUUGGCGUUGAGCUACCAUCAUCAAAUUUGCGAAACUCCCAUUUCACUGCCCGAGCCGGUUUAUCAAGCGGACGAGUGGGCGAAACGAGGAAACGAAAUGUGGAAUGCAUACGGUCAGAUUCUGAACAUCCCGAAAGUCGAAAAUCAAAAAUGUGCGGACUUUGAAUUUAUGACAGAAAGACUCGCAUAUUGGCAUUCUCCAAUCGGAGCAUCGCGAAUCAGUGCUUAA